CUUCGAUCUCGAUCAGGGGAGAAGGGGAGACGCCGGUCGGACAGGUCCGACUAGGCCAGAGAAAGGAUUUUCCGGGCAGGGGAGGUGGAGGUAAGGCCGCCGCAGUGGAGGCGCUCGAUCGGGCGGCGGUGCACCAGCCACGACGACGAUCCGGCCAACGAGAAGUACACACGCGAUUCCCCGAUUCCCCUCCUCACGCGGCCGGCGAGAAUCUACAUAGCCACCGCUGAUUCCCCUCCUCUCUCUCUCUCUCUCUCUCAUUCCCCGCGGUCAACGCUGCUACUCCCAACCGCUGCCGCCGACGACUUAUACUUCAUAACCGAAUCUAUCCCUCCGAUCUGCAAUAACAACGAUCCCAGAGGCUUGAAGAGAAACCCUAAACCUUACCUUCUGAUUCGCUUUGUGGUGGUUGCUCGGCAAGACGCAAAGGUGCUUUUGGGGCAGACACAAAGGUUGUUUGUCACGUUUGGCGAGCAAUAUUCUUCAAACGACCAAUAUUCUUUCAUUGAGAAACGACCAAUAUUCUUCAAACGAAGUGAUGGUAAGAGGCUGCAAGUGAUGUGCGAGGCACCAUGUGAUUGGUACAUAUGGGCAUCCAAGUUGAGAGAUGAAGAUGUUGUGAAGAUCACUAGGUGCAAACUUGAGCACACAGCAGAUUGCACCUUAACCUUCAACAAUAGGUUUGCAACAUACAAGUUCUUGGGGGAUAAAAUGACUAAGAAGGUGGCAGCAGAUCACAGUAUGAGUAAGAAAUUGUUGAAGCAAAUUGUGAAGGAAGAUUAUAGGGAGGAGAUUGGGGAUAUGAAGGCAUGGAGAAUCAAGAAGACAGCAAUUGAGAAGGUUUGUGGUUCUAUUAGGGACCAAUACGAAAGCUUAUAUCAUUAUGCUGCAGAGUUGAGGAGGAGCAACCCAAACUCCACUGUUGUAGUUGAGCAACGAGAACAAGUGUUCAAUCGCAUGUAUGUAUGCUUUGAGGCAUCAAUGAAAGGUUUUAGAGCAGGCUGCAGGCAAGUCAUAUGCAUCGAUGGAUGCUUCCUCAAGCAUGAUUAUGGUGGCCAGCUGCUAUCUGCCGUUGGUAUUGAUGCGAACGAGCAAUAUUUUCCCAUCGCAUUUGCUUAUGUUGAGGUGGAGAACAAGGAUAAUUGGCUUUGGUUCCUGGAGCUUUUGGGAACCGAUUUGCAUAUUAAUGAUAAUCAUGGAUGGACAUUCAUUUCUGACAAGCAAAAUGGUCUAAUGCCAGCACUAGAUGAGGUGUUUCCCUCUAGUGAGAAGCGUCAUUGUACCAGGCAUCUUGUGACCAAUCUAAGUGCUGCAUGUGGAUCAUCAGCGAGGGUUAAGGAG